UACUGGAACAUGAAUGAAACUUGACAGUGAUGGUGAUGAGCAACUUUUGCUGAGAUAGCGUUUACGGAACAAGUAGUUAAUGACGCCGCUGUCACCUGAGUCCGAACGAGCUCCCGUCCGCUGCCAACCAGGUGGGAGUCAUCCAGCUGCAGGCUCGGACUGUUACACCAGGUGUAUGACAACAUCAUGGAAAGAAUCCCUACGAGGGAGACACGCUUUGUUUUUAACAGGAAACUGAAGUCUUGCUGCAGGACAAUUCUCGCUCUGAAAUCUGGUUAUCAAUAUGGCCUUAUGGAUUAUUCAGAUGACUGUGUUGGUGCUAUCUGUCUUCAGCAGCAGCAGUCAGGGGAAGAGGGACAAGGUGCUCUACUGUUCUGCAUGCAAGGCAAUUGUGGAUGAACUGAACUUCUCAAUAAGUCAGGUGGACCCAAAGAAAACCAUCAACGUGGGCAGCUUUAGACUCAACCCUGAUGGAACUAUGGAAGACAAAAAGGUACCUCUCGCUCGCUCAGAGACUCACCUUCACGAGCUCCUGGACGGGGUGUGCAACAGCAUGAGCGACUACUCCCUCCAUGUGGACCCCGACACCCAGCACAAACAGUACAUGAGGUUUGCACCCAGGAGCAGCGAGACCACCGGCAACUUCCCUGACUUUAAAAACUUCCAGUUUGAUGGACCCGAGGCAUCCAGUGCCCUGAAAUUCGCAUGUGAAACCGUGGUGGAGGAGCUGGAGGAUGAUAUCAUCUCCCUGUUCAGCCAGGACGUAAAGCAUGUGCACGAGGAGUUAUGCAACAGAGUCUCAGACUACUGUAAAGACAGCAGUCACACAAACCAGGAGUUAUAAUGGUGUUUAUAUUUUCUGUCACCCAAGGUGAGACCAGCUAUGGCGCAGAGAUUACAAAAAGAGACCUUUAACAAUAUCCGUUUUUGGCAAAUAAUUGACAGACUUUUGAAAUUAAUAAAAGUAGAAAUCUUGAUAAAAACCAUGUUGUGCACAUCAGUUUUUGUGUGAGGCUUUUACUCGCGGCUUCUGCAUGCUCUCUGAUGUCAGACCAUAAUAUUGUGUUGUCAGCUGCUGGCUCUUAUUGGUUUUCUGAACAGCGCCUGCUUCUUCUAGGGCUGACUAAUCAUAAUCAGGCCUACAAACUGCACACGGUAAUGAAGUCAUGGCUAUGUUUCUAUUAUGUUUGCCUGCUACCUGUGAAUGUAUAUCUCUGAGCUGCAGGAAAAAUAGAAAUUCUACAUAGUGCUGCAACAAUUAGUAAACUAAUCAAAUUAUCAAGCAAAAAAUGUCCCAACAUUUGCUGCUUCUUCUGUUUUUAUAUAUCGCAGUGAAAUAAAUAUCUUUGGGCUUUGGACUGGAAA